AUGCUCCGUCUAAGUAGUGCCAGAACUCUGACAAGAUCCGCCAACUUGGUGGCCAAGCGUACUUACGCUGAAGCAACCGGCGACUUUCUUAAAUUGAAGUUCGCACUCCCCCACGAAACCCUGUUCGCGGGCUCCAAAGUCACCCAGGUCAACCUACCAGCCCAGUCGGGCCAAAUCGGUAUCCUCGCAAAUCACGUGCCAACUGUAGAACAGCUAGCUCCAGGCGUGGUGGAGGUGUUCGAGGGCAGCUCUUCCAAGAAGUUCUUCGUUUCCGGUGGAUUCGCCACUGUGCAGCCGGACUCCACUCUUUCGAUUAACUCCGUUGAGGCUUUUUCUUUGGACUCCUUUUCUUCUGAAAAUGUUAAAUCUCUUAUUGCUGAAGCCAACAAGAACACCUCGUCUUCCGACGAGAAAGUCGCUGCCGAAGCUGCCAUCCAGCUAGAGGUAUUGGAGGUUUUGCAGGCCGCUCUUAGAUAA